CAUUUCACAGCUCCUGUGCUUUCGCCAGACCUAUCUAGAAGGCGACGGACGGGUGUUAGCGACAGCAAGACAACUUAUAUUGAAAUUGCAUAAGGAUUUAUCUGUGUUAAAAUGUUUAAAAGAAAGCUUACUGCACUGGAUUACCACAACCCCUCUGGAUUUGACUGUAAAGAUGAAACGGAAUUCAGAAAUUUCAUAGUGUGGCUGGAGGAUCAGAAGAUUAGACAUUAUAAGAUUGAGGACCGAGGUAACCUGCGCAACAUCCCUAGCUCUGAGUGGCCCAAAGCCUUUGAAAAGUAUCUUCAAGAUGUAAAUUGUCCAUUUAGUGUCCAGGAGAGGCCUGAGUGUGUGGACUGGCUGCUUGGUCUUGGUGUCCGACUGGAGUAUGGUGAUAAUGUGGAGAAGUACAGGAACUGCCCUCCUCUGGCAGCAACCAAUAACACCCAAAAGCCUACAGAUCCUCUCAUCAACCUGGACAUUAACAACCCGGACUUCAAAGCUGGGGUCACUGCCCUGUCCAAUCUCCUUCAGAUCCAGCGGCACGACGACUAUUUAGUGAUGCUGAAGGCUAUAAGAAUUCUUAUUCAGGACCGACUGACCCCAGAGUGCAUCGCAAAAGCAAACCAGUCAAAAGAGGGCUUACCUGUAGCGCUGGAUAAGCAUGUCCUUGGCUUUGACACAGGGGAUGCCACCCUGAACGAAGCAGCUCAGAUCCUGCGGCUGCUGCACAUUGAGGAGCUGCGUGAGCUGCAGACGCGGAUUAACGAGGCCAUCGUGGCCGUGCAGGCCAUCAUCGCCGACCCCAAAACAGACCACCGCCUGGGGAAGGUCGGCAGAUGACCAGCCUCUUGCAUCCACAUCCUUCUCUCCCAUCCCUUCAACACCACCUGCCCCCCACAUGCUCAAAGAAGAGUUUAGGAGACUAUGGACAGUCCUCCUCCCCCCCUACACACACACACACACACACACACACACACACACACACAACACCCCCCCCCCCCCCAACGAGAACACCAAGCAAUGGAGGACCAUGCACUUGCUUUUUUAUUUUCACCCCACACUGCAUCAAAAGACUGUUUCUGGAGUGUCAUUUUUCUGUUUUCAAAGUGCUGAACAAUGGCCAUAAAGUGGGAUGUUGCGCGGCAUACCCCACAGCCCUUCCUUCCUUCCCGUUUGGUUUUAAUUUGGCCCUUUUCCUCUGAAUGUCCUCGUUAAACGCUGUGAAUGAUAAUGACAUGCAGAAAAAACAGAUAUGAAAUGUCUGAAGAAAUGCACGCUGUGUGUCGUGUUUUUUGUUUUUCUAGUGUUCUUCUGUGAGACACAGUUGUCACAUUUGGAUGAAGAGGUGUGUGUGUUUGUGUGUGUGAGGGUUGUAGGCACAACUUAAAGAGAGAUUUGGAA